GGUACCCAGGACUGCGAGCGUUCGGGACAUCUAAAAGCGAGACAUCGCUGUUCCGCUGGAUGUCUCACGGGGAGUAGCGCAUAACGGACAAUUAUUGGGCAAACAGCCUAGCCUACGAUUAGAUAGCUGUCUGUCAAUUGUGUUUCGAAACAUCCAGCGACGCCUGUUGAGGAAGUGGUGGUUGCCGCUGGCUGGCAGGCAGGGCGUCACUCAGUGCAUCCCCCUCUCCUUCCCCAGUGCGAGCGAGCGUGCCGUAACGGGAAAGCAUAGACAGUAGGCCUAUGUGAAAAGAAAAAAAUGUCUUCUCAUCUCAUUAGCACAGAAAUCCUGGCUGCCCACAGCUGACGGUAAAGUAGCCUACGCAACUGCAGUUGUGUUGAUCUUUCUGAGGGGUGGGUGGGUGUCGACCUUAGCAGUUUUGACAGGAAACGGGGACAACUUUCGUUUUGUUUUCAAAACGCCAGAUUGUCGAGAUGUAGACUCCGAUACCAGACGAUUAUCUGUAAACUUUUUAUGCUCCAAAAUUUGGACAGGGUCCAACGAUAGGGAACAGGCGAAAAACUCAUCUAGACGGUAAGCGAUCGUUUCCUUCCCUAUUCUGUCUGCGCUGGGUUCUGUUUGAAGGGAUAAGCUUCGCUCUGGUGCUGUGCGCUGUCAGAGCAACUGGACAUGAUGAAGAAGAGCAGAGAUAACGACAAUGUCCGCCGAGGGCUGCGCUGUUCGCAUUAGGCUAGAUUUCACCGGACGAGGACGUCUCAGUAGGGACAUCUGUAUAAGCGGGCAUGGCCGAGCACAGCGAGGAACAAAACAAACGGUUGUCCACUCAUAUGAACGGAUUUAAAGCGAUGGUGCCGAACAACAAGGAGACACAUGUCGAUACGGGGGUUUCGAAUGGGGGCUGCGAGGUGACCAAAGGGCAGCGGGAUGCAGAAGAUCAGAGUCCAGAGGUCGAACCGGCUAGAGUCACGGAAUUGAAGGAGGACGACGCAGGUAUUCCGCGGAGGAGCAGCAUCAUUAAGGAUGGCUCGCGGCGUGGCCGUGACCGUAAGAAGACGGUGUCGUUCGGCGGGAUGCCGGGCUCCCGUAAGAUCAGCUCAGUGUCCGGCUGCCUGAGUCGCAUGCAGGAGGGCAGCGAGCUGCGCAAGCUCCGGCCCGGCCUGCGCCUCUACAGCCGCUACUACCUCCUGGAGGCUGACCAGCGCACCAUCCGCUGGGAGCCGUCCAAGAAGGACCCCGGGAAGGCUCGGCUGCCGCUGGCCGAGGUGCGCGAGGUCCGCACGGGCCGUAACACGGACGUGUUCCGCGCCAGCGGCGUGGCCGAGCUGGUGACGGACGACUGCGCCUUCUCGCUGGUCUACGGCGACGACUACGACACGCUGGACUUAGUGGCCAGCUCGCCCGAGGUGGCCAACAUCUGGGUGACGGGUCUGCGCUACCUCAUCUCCCAGGGCGCCCAGGGCUCCGGCACGCACACACACCCCGCUCACACACUCACGCACACACGUGCACGCGCGGCCGUGGCGGAGCCUGGACGCGAGGAGGAGGGCCGCGAUGACCUGCAGCUCUCGUGGCUGUCCAAGGAGUUCUCGGAGAUGGUCGCGGGGGGGGGGCGGCCGGAGAAAGACGGCGAUUGGCUGAGCGUGAGCGAGGCCACGGACCUGAUCGAGAAGCUCAGCCCCGGCGUGAGGAGUAGCCACGUCCAGACGCGGCUGCGCGAGCUGCUCCGCGGCGACGGUCACUCGGCGACCCCCCCGCACACCCCCCCGCACACACCCCCCCCGCACGCGUCCUCCUCACACGUCUCCCUCCAGCACUUCACGCAGGCCUUCCACGACGUGAGCACGCGCCCCGAGAUCUACUUCCUCCUCGUCCAGUUCUCGGCCAGCAAGGACUUCCUGGACACGCGGGACGUCAUGCGCUUCCUGGAGACGGAGCAGGGCGUGGCGCUGGCGAGCGAGGACUCGGCGCAGGCGGUCAUCGACCGCUACGAGCCGUCCCCGCUGGGGCGGCAGCUGGGUCGCCUCUCGCUGAGCGGCUUCACGCGCUUCCUGGACUCGUCCGAGUGCUGUGUCUUCGACCCGCUGCACGUGGCCGUGUGCGAAGACAUGAGCCGCCCACUGCCCCACUACUACAUCAGCUCCUCGCACAACACGCACGUGACGGAGGCCCAGGUGCCGGCGGUCAGCGGCAUCGGCGGCUACGAGCGGGCACUGCGGCUGGGCUGCCGCUGCCUGGAGCUGGACGUGUGGGAGGGUCCGCACGGCCGCCCGGCGGUCAGCAAGGGCCACACGCACUCCGCCAUACACACGCACGCGCCGCCGCUGGCCUUCCGCGAGGUGGUGCAGACAGUGGCGAAGAUGGCGUUCCUGACGUCCGAGUAUCCGCUCAUCCUGUGCCUGGAGAACCACUGCUCCGUUGCGCAGCAAAGGAUCAUGGUCCGCGAUCUGCAGGAGGCCUUCGGCGAGCGGCUGCACAGGGGGUUGCUUGGCAACGAGGACGGGUGCCUUCCGUCGCCGCAUGACCUCAGGGGCAAGGUCUUGUUGCUAGGCAACAGGCCUUUCCCAGAGCCGCAGCACGGCGAGGCAGAGGAGAUUACCCAGAAGGCCGCAGGGGCCGGGGGGACAUCAUCGUUGUCGUCGCGGCGCGUCCCACUCUGUCCGGAGCUUUCGGCGCUGAUUGCGCUGUGCCACGCCGACCCGCCCCCCAACAACGAGUUCCCAUCAUCCCCAGCCCCGUCCUGCGUGGUCACAUGCUUCCGGGAGGCCCUGGCCAGCCGGCACGCGGCCGAACGCGGCGCAGAGCUGGUGGAGCUGACCAAGCGGCGUCUCCUGCGCGUGCGGCCGAGCCUCAUGCGCGUGGACUCCAGCAACCCCGACCCGCUGGCCUUCUGGAAGGCCGGCCUGCAGAUGGUGGCGCUCAACGUCCAGACGGACGGCACCAUGCUGAACCUCCACCGCGGCUGGUUCCAGCGCAACGGCGCCUGCGGCUACACCCUGCGUCCGGCCAUCAUGCGCCAGCAGGUGGCGUACUUCAGUGCCAACGAGCGCGGCGCCCUGCCCGGGGUGCCCCCCCAGACGCUGCACCUGCGGGUCAUCAGCGGCCGCUGCCUGCCCAAGCCGCGCGGGGGAGGGGCCAAGGGUGACGUGCUAGACCCGUACGUCACGGUGGCCAUCCACGGAAUACCCGCGGACUGCGCUGAGCGACGCACAAACACCGUACCGCAGAACGGAGAGAGUCCUGUGUUUGACCAGAGCUUCCAGUUUCAGGUGAACCUGCCUGAGUUGGCUCUGCUGCGCUUCGUGGUGCUGGACGACUUCUCCAUCGGCGACGACUUCAUCGGCCAGUACACCCUUCCGCUGGACUGCGUCCAGUCCGGCUUCCGGCACGUUCCGCUGCUCUCGGCCGAGGGCGAGGAGCUUCCGCACGCGCGGCUGCUGGUGCACGUGGCCAUGACGGAGCGGCGUGGCGGGGGCAAGGCCCACAAGCGCGGCCUGUCCGUCAGGAAGGGCUGGCGGAGCCGCCACUACACGCAACUGCAGGAGCUGGGCCUCAGGGCCCUGGACGACGUCUUCAAGAACGCUGCCCAGCCGCUGAGAGACGCCACCGACCUGCGGGAGAACAUGCAGGAGUCUUUGGAGGCCUUUAAGGAGAUGUGUGGUGUGUCUGUGCUGGCUAACAUCACUCAGUGUGUGCUGACCUUGGGGUCAAGGGUCACAGGGUCAGAGGAAGCGCCCUUGCUUCUGUUUGACCUCAGCCAACCGUACCCCACCAUGCACCAACAGGGGGCGCUGCCAGACGCCUUGCGCAAGAUCACCACUGUUUACCACACGAUGAUGCAGGCAAGUAAAGCAGUUAUGGAAGAAUCAGAAGGAGUCCACAGCAAGAUCCUCCAGACACACCACAGAGCAAUGGAGUUCCAUGAGCAUCUCCAGACGUUAGCUGGGAAGGAGGGGAUUAAAGGCCGGAAGCUCAACAGAGCAGUGGAGAGUUUCUCCUGGAAUAUCACCAUACUGAAGGGCCAGGCUGACUUGCUGAAGCAUGAGAAGGCUGAGGUUCAGGAGCUUCUGAAGCAGCUCAACUGCGCAGCCCAAACUGCUAACCUGAGCCUCAGCCCAAACACAGUCAAAGAAAGAAGAGCAAAUCAGGACUCAUCUGACGGAGGGUUGGAUGUGUGGUAGCCAAUCAGAACACAGUAUCAGCACUAGAAGCUAGUGCUAGCAUUAGCGCAAGCACAGAGUGACCAGAUAGUCCAUUUUUCAGUAUCUUAGACUGAGGCACAUCAUGCUGAAUCACAGAGACUAUACCAAAUUCUCCUAUUAUAAUAUAUUAUGCAUUUUUAAAUAAGUCAAUGUGUUCUUUGGCAAGUGUAAGGAUGUUAAUGUCACAAACAGGAAAUAUGUGUGCACGAAAAACUAUGAAUGUGGGAGAUAUGUUUACAUAGAUGCUCAGUUUUUGCUUUGGUUCUAAGUGCGCGCACACACACACACACACAAAAGAGUAUCAUAUGAGUGAGCCUGAUUGACUGGAUUUCAGCUUGUAUGGGAGAAUAUAUUUUUUAUAGUGUAUUUUUAAGUUGUAACGUGACUUAGAAACUGAUCUGUAUAAAAUAUCCAUCUAAACGAUUUUUAUACCGUUAUAUUAUUACAUUCAUGAAGAUGCAGUAUUUGCAGACUGACAUGAAAACUGAAAGAUUACGACUUUUAAAAUGUCUGUUGCCAACCUCGUCUAAGAAAUUAUGGUUUGUGGCUCCAAGUCCAUAUUCUGGAUCCAUUGUCUUGUGUUGUCCGUAUGUCGUUUUUUAAAAUAUCUACCUAAUGUAAAUAAAUGGUUCAUUUCUUACAUA